AUGCGACGAAAUCUUCUAUAUAACUUCUACAUAACCUUCUACAUAUUACUUUCAAUCUCAUCGUUUUUUGUCGAAUGCUGCGACAAAGGAUUAACUCAAUUGAGGCAUAAGGAUACCCUUCAGCUGAUGAGAUGUGUGCCUACUUUGCCGGGACACCCGGACCCCUGCAUUCUCCAAACUGGAGGUCAAAUGAGCUUCUGCCAACCGGAUGGAAGUCAAGAUUAUGUGUGUUGUGGAACACCUGAACUGCUGGUUAGGUUGGUUGGUAAUCAGAAUAAGCAAUCAUAUCCAGAGAACUGGAACUUUUAUCCAAGGCAAUCACAUUACGACUAUAGUGUCUAUAUCAGGAGUUCGAAAGAACAACUAGAAAGUGAUGCUGCUUUCAAAAAUCAAGUAAUUCUAACGACUCCGAAGACCACGACCACGACGGUUACAACUACGAGAAAACGGCAACCGGUGAAAAAAUCCAACGUUGUUCUUCAAAUGCUCACAAUCCCGUCGUUAAGCCGUGGAAACUACUCAAACUCUCUGAAACUUCAUACAAAUUCUGUUCUCGUUCGGGAUGGUGCAUGCGUUUUUGUGGUAGAUACCGGGCUGCCGUCUCAGAAAAAACAAAUCUCAAAAAAUUUGGCAUCAUAUGGUGCUCCAGCAAAGAAAAUAAAAUUUGUAGUGGUGACGUCAUCACAGCCUCAGUUCUCAGGAAAUUUGAAUUUAUUCCCAUUUUCACAGUUCAUAAUGGCCGACGCCACAAUGUACAAGGAUAAUAUCGUUUUUAUGAAACGAUUUGAAAAGCAUUCAAUUCUGGAAUUAUGCUCUCCGAAUUCUCUAAUUCAGUCGACACCCGGACCCACUCCAAACUCAAUAACCGUAAUAAUUCGAAACGUGGAUUUAAUGGGAACAAUUGCAAUCGCCGGCGCCCUCUUCCCAAAUGGAAACGAUUUAAACGUUUUCGAUCGGAAUUCCGUGUAUGAUAUCGAUAAAUUGAUCGAAUCACGAAAUCAGGUGAUUUGUGAAGUUGAUUGGAUUGUCCCGGCGAGCUCUUCUCCGUUCCGUGUCACACAACUGCACAGGACAAAUGCAAACUGUUAAAUUAAUUCGAAAAUAAUUAAUUUCUCAUAUUUAUUAAGCGGGUUUCUAUAUUUUUUUGUUCACGCUGAAAAACAUUUCAAAAUAAAAAAAGCUAAUAAAUCGUUCCAAAAAAAUGUA